AUGACAACAACAAUGAUCCGCACAGACACAGAAUCCACAUUGAUGAUCUCCACAGAACAAAUAGAAGAGACUACAACUUCUAUUACGACUGUUGAACAAGACGAAACAACAUAUUCCGAGACAACCCCUUCAAUCACGACUACAGAAAAUGAACAAACAUCCUGGGUGUCCGAUACUUCUGUUGAAUCAACAACACUAACGUCGACAAUGACGACAGAAAGUAUAUCUGUCACAACAACUGAGGCUGCAGAGAUGACGGAACAUACAUCAGAUACUACUGCUGAUACAAGUACAGUGAUAUCGACAACUGAUUCAACAACGAAAGUAUCGACGAUAAUGGAAACAUCAACUACGAAAAGGACAACCACAACAAACAAAGAAACAACAACUUCAAACUUAACAACAACAACAAACCCAAUCACAUCGCAAUCAACUACAAACCCGUCACUUACAGAGAAGAUGACAACUACAAGUAACACAGAAACACUGACUUCCUCCCUACCAUCAACUUCCGAAUCACCAACAGCAUCGGAAAUAAGUACCAAUGGCAAAUCAACUGCACCUCCGACUACAACAAUCAGCGAAGCCGAAUCAACUGUAAGUACAUCAACCACGGAAGAUAAAGAAACCUCCUUUGAACGUGUCGAUACUACGACAUCAAUCGACACAAUAGAAACCAAAGAAGGAUCGACUCCAGCAAAACUUAAAAAUACCUAUUUGAUUGUCGGAGCCUCUACUUCUAUUGUUGGAAUUGUAUUAAUAAUGAUAAUCAUUGGGCUGAUAGCCAGAAAAUGUAGAGUAAACAUCAAGAAAAUCAACAAGAAAUCACUGAACCAAUCAGGAACUGGAGAGACCUCGUCUGGGCGGGAAAACCAACCACAGACCCUCAUUACAAUGCCAAUUCUUCAUUAUCCUACACUGGAAAAGCCUACGUUCCGCACGCACCUCUUCAUCAUUUCAAAUCCAGUGGAGGAUCUGUUGUCUGUGAAUGUGGACAUGUACAAGUACAGUCCUGGUGGAAGCAUUGUGACAGUAUAUUGUUUAAUGAAAGUUCAAGAUAACAGAAGUGAUAGUGACAAAUGUUCGCAAAUUGCAUCUAAUCUUCUGAAAAUUAAGCCAAAAUUUCCUGAAUACCACACAAGAGAAAUGAAAAGAAGUUUUAAGUCAAAGGUCAGCAAUGUUGCUCGUGUCCAGUCUGGUUUGUUAGAUACUAUAUACAAAGAACUCACACUGGAUGCAUCCAAAGAAGUACACCCAGUUACCAAACAGAGAAUUCGCAUGAUCUUCAUGGGAGAAACUGGACUAUUACCUGAUCUCAGACAACUCAACCCAGGAAGACCUUCAGGGCAGUAUGACUUGUUCUUUGAAAAACUGGGAGAAUUGAUUGAGGAGUACACAGCAGCUGAUGAUAGGAGACACAAUAUUGCACAUAUGUCAGAUUGUGCAUUUUUUUUUGUGAUGACAAAGCCAAAGUACAGAUAG